UGCAAACUCAGUCCUGCUCUGCUGUACAGGGUGCAGGGCAAGACGGAGAGCCAAUCACCGAAACGCACAGGCUCCCUUUAAGCCUGACAUAUCUCCAGCAGGAACAAAUUGUCCCAACAAUCAACAUCCCAAUCUGCUGCGCGCAUCAGGGGCUGGAGUGGAGAGGAUAUAGGCCUGCGCUGCGCGGAUAAGGAUUGCGCUGGAUUGCAAUUACGUCAAAAAGUAAUAAUAACAAGACUACACGGCAGCUCUCAUUGUGGAUACCGACGUUUUGGGCGGAGGAGUGAGCUCGGACAUCAUGUCUAUACUGCCGUCCUUCGGGUUUACGCAGGAGCAAGUGGCGUGCGUGUGUGAGGUGUUGCAGCAGGGAGGAAACCUGGAGAGGCUCGGCCGCUUCCUGUGGUCUCUGCCCGCCUGCGAUCACCUCCACAAGAACGAGAGCGUCCUAAAAGCCAAGGCUGUGGUGGCCUUCCACCGGGGGAACUUCAGGGAGCUCUACAAGAUCCUGGAGAGCCACCAGUUCUCUCCGCACAACCACCCGAAGCUGCAGCAGCUCUGGCUGAAGGCGCACUACGUGGAGGCGGAGAAGCUGCGCGGUCGGCCGCUCGGAGCUGUAGGGAAGUACCGGGUGCGCAGGAAAUUCCCGCUGCCCCGCACGAUAUGGGACGGCGAGGAGACGAGCUACUGCUUUAAGGAGAAGUCCAGAGGAGUCCUGAGAGAAUGGUACACGCACAACCCCUACCCGUCCCCGCGGGAAAAGAGAGAGCUGGCCGAGGCCACAGGACUGACCACGACGCAGGUCAGCAACUGGUUCAAAAACAGACGGCAGAGAGACAGAGCCGCAGAGGCGAAGGAGAGAGAGAACAGUGAAAACAACAACGCAGGCGGCAACAAACAGAACCAGCUGUCGCCGCUGGACGGAGGAAAGUCUCUCAUGUCCAGCUCGGAGGACGAGUUUUCUCCACCGCAGAGCCCCGACCAGAACUCAGCGCUUUUGCUCCAGGGUAACAUGAGCCACCCCGGGGCCUCCGCUUACCCCAUGUCCGGCCUGGGGCCCCCACAGCCGGUGCACGGCAUGCACGGACACCCGCACCAACUGCAGGACUCUUUGUUGGGACCCCUAACCUCCAGUCUUGUGGAUUUGGGCUCUUAAGGCUGCCAGAUUGUUUCUAUUUUACAAAAACAACAACAACAACAAAAAAAAGAAUCUGGGCUGGGUGUGCGAGGGGUGGGGGAGAGAACGAAAGAAAGACUGGUAUCAGAUUGAAUCCAUGUAUGAAAUCACACUAUACUGUAGCCUACCUUAUAAUAAUAAUAAUGAUAAUAAUAAUAAUAAUAAUAAUAAUAAUAAUAUAGACUGACUUGUCUGUCGUUAAAUUUGGUUCUAGAACAAAAAUCCCUAAUAUGCGCUUAACCUGUAUAUCGCCCUUGUCUGGAGGAUUUGUGACCUCCUACACACACACACACACACACACACACACACACACACACACACACACACACACACACACAAACGCCUCUUUUUUUUUUUUCCUCCUCGACGUCGAAACUCAACGAAACACUUAACUGGACUUGCCCAUUUGCUUAAUUUAUGAUAUUUUGUUAAGAUAAGGAAGAAUUAAAAAAAAAGAAUUAAAGGAAGGAAAACUCCUGCGAUGGAAACUAAAGAGGUAACGUUUUCAUUAGAGUCAUGGUUAAUUAGUUUCCAAUAAAACAAAAGUAAUACA